AGCCAACAACCCCGGCUGUGACGGAUGUGCACUUUCGGGUCAUGCGCGUUGCAGCGUGAUCAAUACAAGAGAGACAACAGUCGGCUCUGUAACGACCGCGCGUUGUACUACAUACUCUGGGCGUCUUGCUGGAGAUAGACCGGUGAGUUGUUGUUGGACCUUAUCUCGCCAGGAGCGUUUCAAAAAAUAGAACGGAAAUAGAGUGUACCGUAGAUGAUUUUCUUGCUCUGUGUGUAGUGCGAAUUGAAAGUGACGCAACUGAGAGCAGCGGUUCGGUCGUCUUUUAUCUGCCACCGAAUGUGAGAUAAGAAGAGUGUCAGCGGCUCGGGAAUUUUUGAGGAGAUCCCCCCUGUUGGUGGUGGUGGUGGUGCGGGAUCAGCCCAGCUGUGCGUAUACGAAAAAGCUCACGGGGGUUGCUGCUGGCACUUGGGUGAACGUCAAAGAUGGCCGACGAUGACGACUAUCAACUUGAACCACCGCCACUUUCGGCCUGGGCAGCAACUGUCGGUCUAAAACGAGGUUCCAGGGCAGCGGACACGCCAUCUCGAGUCGGUAGAGUAACGCAGCGUGAUUCCAAUUCUAACCCCAUCAGUCCCGUUCCAACUGGACCGGAGGAGGAGGCGGAGGAAGAAGAGGAGGAAGAAGAAGAAGAGGUGGUAGAGGAGACUGCGACAAGCUUGGACCACUGUCAGAGUGAGUCGUACCAUUGGUGUGAGGAGGACGAUCUAACGAGCAGUGAAGCGGCCACCACAUCGACGGACAAGACGAUCGGUUCGUCGGGCGAUCCCGAUCCCCACUCGGCCGAGGAAUACGCCGAAAUGGCCAAAAAAGUGGAUUUGAAUCUCGCCCACAUCGACAUGGAAAACUUCAAGUCGGCCGAUCUCUUCCAGUCGGAACAAAUUCGCUCGCUUCUCAUCGAGUACAACCGGCCUAUCUUGUGCAGCCAGUCGCAACUAUCGCAGGACGAUUGCAGUUUGACUGAUUGUGGAUCCUUGUGUAAAUCGGGGCCGCUGUUCUCUCCUCAGCGGGCUGUUCCUGGCGUUUGUGGAGUAGGUGGAGGCAAAGGAAUCAGCCCGUCAGAUUGCAGCAUAGAUUCGUUGAAUAUGGCGGAACGUGACGAAUGUUGGCUACUAGAAGAGGCCGGAGACGGUGCCAGCCAACUUCUCUGUCGCACCAACAUGACCAACUACACAUUAGCUUGGAGUUCUUCUGCAUCCGGAACUGAUCAGGAUCUCGAUUAUAAUGAACCCGGAACGAGUAGCUCGGGAUCGGAGCAGAGUCACUGGUCGUCCUCUGGAAGCGGCGGCAGAGUAGCACCACCCAUUCCACCUUGGCCAAUCACUUCCCGCCAGCAGCAAUUUACAGGAUUGAGAAACGAUCCUACACCCCGGAAAUUGCAAUGCUGGGCACCACCUCAAUCCAGCAUCCAUAAACAACCGACACCAACCAAACCCAACAUGAAGAAAUCGACGACGGAGCAACAACUGCAGAAAUCGCACAAAGAAGAUGCCCAGCAGCCAGAAAUUCGUUCGACGGAAUUGACGAAUUUCCAGUCGAUCGGCAAGUCGGAAGACAGUCCCAGUUUGUCAGACAUGGAUAACGGUAACGGCAAAGCGACGCCCAAGGAUAAUCGAACCAGACAGCGGCCAGUCUUCACCAAAACGGAAUCGAAAGCCACGACUCCUCCGGCCGGCCUGUCUCUGUUGCAAAUCUACAUGCGGCAGAGAUCGCAAACGAGCAUGGAACGCGAAAGCAACAAGAAAUCGGAUGACGUGAUUGCUUCCGGCGGAGGAGAAGGCUGGGUGGAAGACUACCCUAGCAGCGCGGAUGAGAAACUCGGCCUGGAAUCGAUUUGCAGCUCUUUGGCGGAUGAGGAUGAAGAUGAUGAUGACAGUGAGGAGGAGGACGACAGUGAGGAGGAGGAUGACGAAGAUGAUUUGUGCCAAAAUAAUCGUUCGUUGACAUUGACGGAUGUAAGUGACAUCGAGCAAACAUCGAUCCAGAUCGAUGCCGUUCCGUUCAAUACCACAGCAGCCACGUCGAGCUUGGACAAACUCAUUGCCAAAAUCAAGCCGUUUGAAUUGGGACUGUCGCCAGCCUCCAUCGAAGAGCACUGGAACUUUGAGAGCCGGAUGAGACUGGCCGCCCCGAUUCCAGCCGAAGCCUCCAGCACUUUGGUGGACAAGGGCUGCCAAGUCGCCAUCAAUCCAGCCACGUCGGCUACCCAGGAGGAAAGUACUUUGACGGAUCCCAUCAAACCUCAGGCCUACCUUAUCUUCCCCAGUUACAGUCUGCCGGAUUUGAGUUUUCUCAAGAAACACGACUACACCUGGAUUGGCGACGUGCUCCUCUCACCUCAGAACUUGCCCGCGCGCAAACCGGAACCCAUCGUCAGGCAACACACCCAGCAGUCGUUUGACGACCUGAAACGUCGCCAAAUGGGUCACGUCAAAGAUUGGGAAUCGUUGAAGAUAUUACUGCCGGAAGAGAUCCGGCAGCAGAUCAACAACAUCAAACCGUCGCCCGUCAACCGCAAUAGCCGACCAAGACCAAAGAGUUGCGAGCAAACUGUUAUCCUGCGCAAUGCCAAGAAAACGUCGCCCAGGCCGGCCACUUGCCGAGGUUCGGUCGCAUGGCCGGAUGCCACCGCUGGAUACAUGUUGCCAACAGUCCCGCAAUCUCCUCCAGGUGGAGCAGAUGGCGGACCUCCACCCCUACCAAAGCGAACGGCCUCUCUGCCACAUAGUCCAGCAGCUGUCCGGCAACGACGCAAUGUCGCACUUUCGACGGAAUCGGUCAAAUCAGCAGUCAGCAAACGAGCAGCCAAUACCUCGCCAACUGGACCGGCCAGCAAAGCGGCCUUUGGUUACACCAUGCGCAAAACUGUUAGUUUCGGAGAACAUUUAAGCGGAGGCUUUUUGAAAAUGUCCAACCAGAGACGACCUUUGUCACUGUCUCACUGGUCAGGUGGCGGAUCAUUGGAUAUGAACUCACCGGGGGAAGAAGAUGUUGCAGUUAAUUUAGAACAAAAACAAGAACUCGUGAAAGCCGUUUCGGUAGCCUGUGCUCAGUUGUGCAAAAUCAUGAAUCAACCCAUUAACAUAAGCGAUGAAGAUAGCUGCACCAAUCACUCCAAGUCGGUAGCCAGAUGUCUGACUAGUCAACUCAGUCCGGCAAUCUACCAAUUAUUGUCGGAUGGUCUUCUACCCAACGUCAACACCUUUUUCGGCCAGGUCAACAACUCUGUCUGGAGGGUAGUCGAAGCUUCCGUCAAGAAAGGUCCUGGAUUGCCAUGGAUCGAGGAAUUAGUCUUUUGUCUCAACAGUGAAGAGAGUUUACCCGAAGGACCCGUCAGAUUUGGAGUUUUCAUCACCGAACUUGUCAAUAUGGGAGGUUUGGAUUGGUGGCUGGAUAAUCUGUCGGCUAAGGAGACGAUCCUUCGUCGGCACUACGCCCCUCACGGUUUCCUCUACUUGUGUCACACAUCCACUCGACCACUGAUGGACGAGCUGCAGAGUUAUCUGCGACCUUUGGCUGCGUUACCAUUCGAUAACACUCUGCCUUUGCCACCGCCCAAAAAGCUGGUGGUAACUAGUCCUGGCAACAAACAGGCUACGAGUGCUGGUGUCACGAGUCCGGCGGCCAGCAAGCCGUCGACGCCUACGAAAACCAUUUUGAAAUCUCCGACACGAUCAAAGACCCAGCGACCGAUGUCUUACGUCCAAAACAGUCCCAGUAAGAUGAGCCCGAAGCCACUCUACCGGCGCACUCAGUCGCAACAUUCUGGCCUGUCGCCCAAAAAGUCAAACAACGUGGCACAGCAACAGCAGCAGCAGCAGCCGGAGAACAACAGCAAAACGGAGACAAAGGUUGAAGAAUUCUCGUCGCUAAAACAAAAGUGGGAAUCACUGUGCGGUGACAGAAGGAAAGCGGGCGAAACCGCAACCGGUGGUGGUAACAAGAGUAAUAUUGCGCCAGUUAUUCCAGCUCCCGUCACGGUACCAGCGGGCGAAACGAGUCCUUUGAAAUCAAGGAUUCCGAGACCGGUUUUCCGGUUUAGCAAGUAAAAAGCUAUGGAUAUUCUCUUUUGACGUUUUGUCCACUUGUACUCUGUGUCUGUUUUACCCUUUUCACUCUCUCCUUGCUCGAUGUGACGUUUCACAAAGAAACCUAUACGUCUUACGGCAUAAAUUAUAUACAUAUUAUAUAUAUAUAAACUAAAUACGAUGCAAACCUCCCCAAAAAAUUGUUGCUUUGAUUCGUUCAUCAAGCCAAUCUCUUUCCGGUCAAAACUCAGAAGAAAUUAAUUGGAAAUUUUCUUUUUUGUCCUCCCCUGCAGAAGUGCAAAGAUUCGGUUUUCAUUUCUUUUUUUCUAUCAAUUAAGCUGGUCGAUUAAUUGUAGACGGCUCUGGAUCGCGGUAUACAUUGUUCCUGUUCAUUCACGGCCGAGUUGUGUAUGUGUACUGUCAUUACUUGUUUGCUUUCACGCGUGCAACAACAACAAAAAGAAGCAAAGAGUGAUUCAUUAAUGAAUAAGGCACAUUCUUGUAUCUUUCCUUGCUAGUCUUGUAAUUUCAAAUAUGACGGUUGAUUCUAUAGUGCCGUAAAUGUAUCUUUCUGGAAACAAAUUGCCAUUCACAUUCGGGAUCGGCCAAUAUGACACGCCGAUGUGUAUUAUUAAUAACAUAAUCUCAGUGUACACUUCAAUACAUGAUAAAAA